AUGAACGGGCUCUCCUUCUCAGAGAUCUGCUACCUGUUCUGCUGUCCUCCUCUGCCGUCGAGGAUAGCGGCCAAGUUGGCGUUCCUUCCCCCCGAGCCCACCUACUACUUCGACGAGGAGCCCGACGGGACGCAGUCGCUGCACCUCACGGAGCGAGCCGAGUGGCAGUACACGCACAGGGAACUGGAAGGCAUAGAGGUGUUCCGUACGCGGACUCGACGUGGUAACAACAUAGCGUGCAUGUACGUCAAAAACACCGAGAACCCGCAGUACACCAUCCUGUUCACGCAUGGAAACGCCGUGGAUUUGGGUCAGAUGGCCAGCUUUUUCGUGGGCCUUGGCUCUCGCAUCAACUGCAACGUUUUCAGCUUUGACUACUCCGGAUACGGGAUCAGUAGCGGUCGGCCGACUGAGAAGAACGUGUACGCCGAUGUCGAGGCAGCGUGGAGCGAACUGAAGAAGAGAUAUAACGUAGCCCCCAACAAGAUCAUUCUCUACGGGCAGAGUAUCGGGACGGUGGCGGCCAUAGAUCUAGCGACGCGGUUCGAGGUGGCAGGAGUUAUUCUCCACUCACCGCUCAUGUCUGGGAUGAGAGUGGCUUUCCCCGACACUCAGAGAACGUGGUGCUUCGACCCAUUUCCUAGUAUUGAUAAAAUAUCAAGAGUCACGUCAACGGUGCUGGUGAUACACGGAACGGAAGACGAGGUCAUAGACUUCUCACACGGUCUACAGAUCUACGAGAGGGCGCCGCACACAGUCGACCCCCUCUGGGUGGAGGGAGCGGGGCACAACGACGUCGAACUCUACGGACAGUACCUGGACAGACUGAGAAAGUUUAUUAGUCAAGAAGUCGGCUCCUCCUAG